AGUGGGGGAGUGUGACUGAAACCUUCCUGUAUUCAGUCUGUCUGGGAGAGGAAGCUGAAAGCCGUGUGUGUGUCAGAGGUUCCGGGGCUGUGGAGGAAGCUUUGAGGCACCAUGAAGAAAACACUGGUGAAAGCAAACGACCUCAGGACCACGUGAGAAGUCACUGCCGCUGGGUGAAACAUCUGUGAGUGGGAGAGUGUUUAGAGAGUUAGAGAGAAGGAGAGAGUGACUCAGUGCUGGGUGGACCCCUCGGCGGGACUGCGUUUCUUCAGACGUGAAGCAGGGUUCUGAGCCCAGUUUGCUGAGAUGUCUUGGCUGUCUCCUGUUCAGUGGGCCAAGUGGACCUGGUCGGCCGUGCGUGGCGGAGGUGAGGAAGAAGAAGGUGAAGAAGGGCAGGAGGGAUCUAGCGUUGAGCCUCAGGGAGGCGAAACAGUGAACCACAGAGAACUGGAGGAGGAAGAAGAGGAGGAGGAAGAGGAGGAAAGGUCUCUUGGACGCAGCUCGGACUCUGAGGGCCAGUUUGAGACGCCGGAGGCAGAGACACCAGUCCAUCAACCACUUAAGGAACCAGGAGCACUGGAGGACCUUAAUAUAGACAACACAGUUUUUCUGGGGGACGGUAACAAGCAGCUGAUCUCUGUCACUGCCGAAGCGGAGAACUCAGUCUUGGCUACGACCCUCCCCCACGAUGAGCCGGUCCCGGACGCGCGGGAGAGCUCCGUGGAUCCGAGCCAGUCCCUAAGCGCGGCCGUCGUCGUCGACGACAGUCCGGCUCCGUUUCCUAACAUGGACGCAGGGCAGGUCGACGUGACCGCCGAACCGUCUGCAGAAACAACACCGUCCCUCUGCAACGGGCACUCUUCCCAACCUCCUCCCAAAUCCCAGUCCAAGCCCCUCAAAGCCAGGCCCCCCUCCCUGAAGGUCAAAGGCCCUCUGAACAGUCCUGACCCGGGGGAGGUGGACGAUGAGCCGCCGGUCCCUAAGGGCAGCUACAACUUCGACCCAGAUCAGUUUGACGAAAACUUCAACCCGUUUGCCUCUGGAGGCUCGAAGCUUCAGAACUCCCCGCCUGCUUCCGCCAACAGUCCCAAACCGGAGUCGGGCGUGGCCGACUGUGAUGGCGCCGCCCAAGACGCGCUGCCUGUAAAAAUGGAAUUUGGCUCGACCGACGGCGAGGCCAAAAGACCCCCUCCGAAAAAGCUGGGGAAAAAAACAGGCAGUAAGAUUACUCCCAAGAAACAAAGACCUAAAGCUGGACAGUCGGUUCCCGCUUCGGAGCAGCCUUCCGAACAGACGACGGAACCUGUAUCCGAGCCGGCCGCACCGGCGAGCUUGGACGACAUUCCCAUUCCUAAGAAAACGUACGGCUUCGACCCCAGUCAGUGGGACGACCCCAACUUCAACCCCUUCGGAGGCAGUUCCAAACUAAACAACUCUCCGACUCUGGCCAAGGGAACGUACAGUUUCGACCCUGAUCACUUCGAUGACUCCGUGGACCCCUUUAAACCGUCGAAGGCCUUGUCCGGCGGUGACAUGGCCAGGAAGGAGCCAGAGAAACCGACGGAGAGACUGGCGAAGCAGAAACCGGAGGGUCCCGUGGAAGACGAGAGGAAAACACGACAGUCGCCCAAGAAAAACAAGGACAGGAUCAUCACGAAUUCAUGCAAAGUAAAGAAAUAUGAGAAUCAGUCUUUGGUUCUGGACGUCUGCAAUCAGGAGGACCGUGCACAGGAAUGCCAGGUCCCCGAGAUGACGCACCGCGUGAGACACGCCACCGACGAGGAGAAACUGGCGUCCACGGGGAUUGGCCAGAAGGGACUGGAUGUGGAGGAGGAGUUUUCCGACUGCACAAAAGCAGCCCCUGGCACCAAGAGCCAGCCCACAGAGGAUGCACCGUUAGGGAAGACAGACCAUACUGAAGAGAAAGACUCGUGUCGUACGGCGGAGGAGCUGACGAAGAGUCUUGCCCCAGAGCAUCAUGGGAAAAGCAGCCCAGGGCUGGACUCCAUCCCCAUGAGCGAGAUGGACAAGGCGGCGGUGCUCACCCUGAUCAGGGAGGAGAUCAUUGCUAAGGAAAUUGAAGCCAAUGAAUGGAAGAGGAAAUAUGAGGAGAGCAGAAUGGAGGUCAUUGAAAUGCGGAAAAUCGUGGCAGAAUAUGAGAAAACUGUAGCACAGAUGAUUGAGGACGAACAGAGGAAGAACAUGGGCUCUCAGAAGAGUGUCCACCAGCUGACGAUGGAGAGGGACCAGGCGCUGGCUGACCUCAACUCCGUGGAGCGUUCGCUCUCUGACCUCUUCAGACGCUAUGAAAACAUGAAGACUGUUCUAGAAGGUUUUAAGAAAAAUGAGGAGGUGCUGAAGAAGUGUGCUCAGGAGUACCUAGCCCGAGUCCGGCAGGAGGAGCAGCGAUACCACACCCUCAAACUCCACGCUGAGGAAAAACUUGACAAGGCGAACGAGGAGAUCGCUCAGGUGCGAGCAAAGGCAAACGCAGAGGGCGUGGCUCUGAACGCCAGUCUGAGGAAGGAGCAGAUGAAGGUGGAGUCACUGGAGAGAGCGCUCCAUCAGAAGAAUCAAGAGAUGGAGGAGCUCACCAAGAUCUGCGAUGAACUCAUCGCCAAACUGGGCACAACUGACUAAACUCUGCCACCUGCUCGUCCGGCCCCGCCCCGUCAGCUCCGCCCAGCCCCUUCCAGCUGCCCCGCCCAAACACUGGCUGCCCACAGCGUUAC